ACCUGAGGGAGUCCGCCACCGGCAGGGGAAGUGGUGGUGGGUGGAGAUAGGCCUCCAAACCUUGGAGGGCCUGAGGUGAGAUUAAUGGAUUUAGUGAAGGAGGUUGGUGUGACAGACGAGGAUGCUAGAGAUGGGGUGAGAUGGAAUUAGAUGAUCUGACUUGGACUGGUAGAAAUGUGUAAAUCGUGGUCAUCAUUUUUUUAGGCAGUAUAAGCACAUUUAAAUGGCUUAUACUGUUGCCAUAAACAUGCAGCUUUAUGCAGGGACGCCUGUAAAAUUAUUUUAACAGAGAUAUUCAGCCUUUGCUUGGUGUGAGGGGAGUUUCACACAUGGUACGAGCUGAUUUGUUUAAUGUCUUGUUUCAAAUCUUAGAGCCUUUCCUCCCACAUAGUGCUCAUUGCCAGCACGUUUCUUUUUCACCAAGCAAGUAAGACAAAGUUUCAAGGUAGUAUGUAGAAGAUCUUGAUAUGAAAGUUGUAAGAAAAAUGUAUUUUGUAUUUUAUGUGCAUUAAAUAAUAUUCCUUUUCAUUAAAGGUUUGUCAUCUAAAUGUUAAAUGAAAAGCAUAAGGAUGAGUCAUUUACAAACAAUACUGCAGUUUCUUAAAUUUUCCCUAGAUACAUUAAAAAAUUCCCACAUUAUCUGAUAAAUCUUUUCCACAUUGUUUCGUUAUUAAAUCCGAGUAUAUUUGCCAGGUGCUGUGGAGAAUUCUUUUCUCUAAAUGGGUGUGUCAGUGACCUCAUGGCCUCGUGAGAAAUUGCCGGCCCAUCUUGGGUAUUCCCCCUAUUCCUCGCAGCUAGACACUCCCCCUUUUAACCGAGGCCACUCUAACCAACGUGUUUUGAAAAGGUCAAUGCAAAGGAAAACAGAACUUUUACAAGAAACAUCCCAAAUAAUUUUGUAUGAACAAAAUUUUUAUUGAGCUAAAGGUCACUUGAAGGGAAAUGCUUUGUGUGUAAAUCUUUAUCAUUUACAUGUUAAAUUAAACAAUAACCUUUCUAAUACGCUAGAAAUGAGAAAAUUGUCCACCUGGAAAUGUCAUAUAUGGGGAAAUAAUCGACUAAUAAUUGUGUCAUCAGACACAUUGUAAUUAUUUAACAAGAAAAACAAAAGAAGUUCUAGAAAAGUUGGCAAGAAUUCAAAAAACAUAAUGUCAAUGUGAAACACUUUGUGGUUAGUCAAAGAGAUGAUAUGAAAAAUCAGAGGUGGGCGUGUACUGUACACUCACAGGUCACUGCCUGUAAUAAAACGUCAAAAGCCACAGAGAAAGUCCAUAACUUGGCCACACAGAAAGCCACAGUCUUUGUGUUUGUGUGCGUUAACCAGUUUUAGCGAACGUCAAGUACAUAGGUUUCCAAGUACAUAGUCACAUAGGUGGCACAAUGAAACAUUCACUGUAGUCUGUCAAACAAAGUUACACAUGUUAGCUAAGAUUCAAAAUGAAAAUCAUAAUGAAUAUCGCAUGGUGUUUCAUCUAAAGCCUUUUUUUAAAAUGUGAUUUUUUUAUUGUGUUACAACAAUAAAACUGGGGUGCUUGCUUAUGUCUGUGUUACUGUGCAACUUGAAAGAAAAUAUCCUUUUCCUACAUUUGGUGAAAUGUGACUGAAGCGCACUGAUGUUCCUGGCACGUAGUGGAGCAGAUAAAGUCGAUGCCAGAACAAUACCUUAAAAGGGCUAAUAAACUAAGGUUAACUUUGCUCUUUAGUUUCUUUAUUUCUCAUUUAUACAGUCUGUUACCAGGAGAACUAUUUGGGAUUUCUUCAGAAGAAUUUCUGUCACAUGUUCAGAUGAGCCAGAAAUUGAUGCAUACGGAAGUGUUUUAGGCUGAUUGUAUUACCACAUAAAAAAGCAGGCACGCACAGACACACACACACCCACCCACACACACACAAUCAAAAUCUUCACAGCUGUGUAAUUCUUCAUAAGGCUUGUUGAUUUUGCCAAGUGAAAGAGGCAACGAUUUGAUUUAGAUUUUCUAGUUAUCGUUAACUACAUUUUCAAAACAGUCAGUGAUCAUGCCUUUAGCCUUUAUGCUAGUAACAACUGCUAUCAGUUGUUACUAGCAUAUGAAAAAGGAACUGAGAUGUGGCUCCUCCCCCCGCCCCCUCAGCAUACCAGACUAGUUGAAGAAUUUACAUUGAUUUAGCGAUUCAUUUUAACACAGAGAGCACGGCGGCAUGAUGGCGUCCACCUGGAGCCGGUAUCAUUUUCUAACUCAAAGGUUUUCCCUUGAUCUGCUGCUAUCUCUUGUUCUGACACUGACUUGGCCCUUCACUGUCACAGGAGGUGCUGCUAUUCUCAAAGGGGAGGUCGGUGGAAAUGUGACUUUUCACUGCUCUGGUAAAUCAGUAAAGAACAUUGACUUACUUUACCUCCAAAGAGACAACGUCUUUGUUAAUGGUUAUUAUGAAUCUAAAAAAGUACCAGCAACGUGGAACAACACAAAGUUUGAUCGCAACACUUCAUCUGUGUUCAUGGAUAACCUAAAGGUCUCACACAGGGGGGAAUACAAAUGUCACAUUCGGUACAAAGACGAGCAGCAUAUUAAUGAAGACUCAAUAACCCUCAGUGUCACAGCAAAGUACAGCAGGCCUAUAUUCAGUCCUCCAGUCUGCAGCGAGGAAACCCAGAAUUGCCAGACAACGUGUACAUCAAAUAAUGGAUACCCAGAAUCCAGCAUGAUAGUUCAGGCUAUAGUUACCAGCACUAAUGAGACCAUCAGGCAGAUAUGGCAACAUGUGAAGUCUGUCCCUUCCCCAAAUCCAAGUACAUCGCUGUAUAACAUUACCACCACUGUGAGUUAUAACUGCUCGAACGGGGAGAUAAAGUUCAGCUGCUCCGUGGGUGACGUCACUUCGGAUGAGUUCUCAGUCUGUGCUCAUCAGGAUCAACGCAGCACUGAUAUAGUAAUUAUGACAGCCAUUUGUAUACUGGUGGUGGUGGUCAUGAUUGCAGGUGUUUUGUGCUGGAGAAGACGGACAGGAGGCAGUAUGAGGCUAGAGAGAGUAAAUACAAAUGAGGCGUAAGGUGGAAAUAUCACUUUGUGAAAAAAAUGGAGAAAAAGAAGCUGCUUGAGGGGUGAACCAGUGAAGGACAACAUUAAACCCACGUUCAAGGAUCUAGAGGGACAGAUAUCGUCUCCUCUGUGUCAAUUACACACUGUGAUCAGCUGGUUCCACGCAAAAUAGGAAUAACCUCACCAGGCCUCGCCAAGAGUGAGUGACCCAUCACCAGGAACUACAUGCUAUUAACAUUUCACACUCAACACUUGUGACUUUUAGCGUUUGAGGAAGUAUCAUAUCUUGUUCUUUUACUGGUGAAGCAAAGUGCGUCACUAAAGUGAGAAUGGCUGACUUCACUAUGUAAAAGCAAAAAAACAGACUUUAUCAGCGGUGUGCGGUUAGGUUGUUGUUGAAUACUGGAAAACUGUGAUAGAAAUACCUCCUGACGCCGUGUGACGAUAGACGAAAAACAAGAAGUUAGAAGAAUUAUACAUAUGUAUGUUUGUAUUUGUAUACUAUGUAUAUGUGUACUUUGUUGUUACACCAACCACUGCGGGAAGAACCUGGCACACUCGCUACAAUGGUCACUUGUGGACUAUGAGUCAUU